CUCAGUCGUCACUUCCAGAGGGCCGAGGUUUACGCGUGUCCGUGUACUCGCUGCUAUUUUGGAACUAGCAGUAAAUUUCCUCGACUAAUUUAAUGCCGGGCCUUCAAUUGUCGGAUUGUGGGGACAUAUGUCUCUGUUCCAUGCUGCGCAACCAUGAAAUUGGAGUAUGAAAUACUGCAAGUCGUACCGACUUGUGUUCGCCGGUAGAGAUCGGUGACCGGCCGGAACGUCGGCAGCCAGGCCUUGAGCAAUGAUCGAAGAGUCUGCCUCGAUCGGAGUUGGAGACCUGUGCGGUCGAUCAUUAAUUUGAUCCACAUCUUCAGAUGAUUCUGAGGCCAUUGAAGCAUGUGUCUCGCGGCUCGCCUCUCUGCCCUCUCUAGACGCUCUUUCUCUGAACUGUACUCCAUGUGACUGGCGGCGACGGUCCAGUACGUAUGUACUCGACGAAUCUACUCAGCGACGAGCUCCAAUUAUGGUGCGCGUAUGGCUGGGCGGCUUCCGUUUUCGAGCUCAUGCGAGCGAUCAAUUACGCCUCUUUGGCUUUCAAUCUGUGUGUGUGAAAGCCGAAGUCGAGUCCAGUCGGUUACUCGACUCUCGACGAGUUUGGCCUUCUGUUGGCUCUGUCGCUCCUUGCGCUCGGACUGCUCCAUCAGCCGAGGGUUACAUGAUCUGCACUGUAGGAACCGGUGCCCGAGUCCAUGACAUGCCGGUUGCUGGCCAGUUGAGUUUUGAAUGUAUCCCAUAACUCCAUAAACUAGCAACGUUGAGUUCCAUAAGAUUUGCCGGUUGUGGAUGCAAUGGCAAGCGUUCUCCUACUUCGACUGAGCGAAGCAUCUGAGGAAUGUUGUUCAGAUGACGGUUGAAGUCACGUGAAGUCCUGUCAAUGUCUCGUGCAUCGUUCCUCAAUGAGCGACAAACAUCGAUACUCGAUGUACGAGACUCGUGACCUCUUCAUGACUUUCGUAUCAAUCUGCAUGUGAAAGAGCGAAUCACUCGAGAGGAGUUCUGUCGACGUAUAAGAAACGCCUCUUUCAGGAAAGGCUGUGAACUGAUGAUCGGGAAUAUAUAUUUAUCCUUGUUUAUUCCUCGGGACGGGGUGAAGGUCGUUCCUGUUUCUUUUCCUUUCCUUGAGUCAAUACGCGAAUGCUUGGUGUUAGAGUAUCUACCAUCUCCACUUUGACGUCGUCACCAUAAGAUGACAACAGGAAGUAGUUACAUAACCAACGGAUGUUCUUCCUGAAUCUGUAUAUAUGGAACAUCGUUUUUGAGAAAAGGUUUAAGUACUGUACCACUACAUAUUCUGAAUCUCCGAUCCGCUGAGUUGGUUGAUUAUAACUGAAUCUAGCAGAAAAUAUUCAUAAGUUAGUUGUA